AUGUCGGUUCCUCAGUUAACUCGCGAUCUCGAAGCUCCUCUGCAAGGUCUAGUGGACGAUGCUGACCGGCUUGCGGAGUGGCCUGAGCUGGUAGGGUUAGAGGAUCUACUGCUUGACAAUGGCCAGCUACCCUCUCACCGUGCGGAUCGGCCAUGCCCUCAGGAACUCCAUGUGUUUCCCGACGAUGUCUCUCCAGAACUUUUACAAAUUAUCAGUCAGCCGCUGGAGACAGAGCAGCCUCCGAGGUCUGCCGACCGACACAGUGGAAAUGAAGAUGGACGGUCGCAGCCACCACCAUCAUCAUAUACAGGGGAUGACCGAUCCUCACUGCCGGUUAGGACUCAGGCACCUGCAGUAAAGGAUCACACUCGCGACAACCAUCUGGAGCGAUGUCUAUCACCCGAGUCUACUGCCACAGGAGCGACAUUUAGCCGCAUGGGCCACAAAGCAACGAAAGAGACAAAGAACCUCAAACUUCGGCUUCUAGAACGCAACAAUUUUCGUGAAUGUGCAAGCUGCUUUGUCGAGCUACUCGACAAGAACCUGGUCCCUUUAAGCUGUUCACACAAAUAUUGUUUAUCAUGCUUCUCUGGCAUGAUAGAAACUGCCAUAAAUAACGAGAGCAAGUUCCCCCCAAAAUGCUGCCUCGAAGAUAUUCCUACAAAACUGAUCCUACACAAUGUGGAUUCUGUACUUCGGGAGGAAUACAAAUUAAAGGCACAAGAGUACGCUAUACCUCGGAUGAGUCGAUGGUACUGUCCUUCUCCAAACUGUGGAAAAUGGAUACCUCCUAAGAAGAUCAAACUGGGCGCUCCGACACAGAAAUGCCCAAUAUGCAAGUGGUCGAUCUGUACUGCCUGUCAAAGGACAGCCCAUCAAAACAACGAACACUGCCCGCAGGCCCCCUAUCCGGAAAGAAUAGACAGUAUCGCCUCGAAUGGCUGGAGACGUUGUUACAAGUGUCAGGCUAUGGUCGAUCUAACUGCUGACUCUGGGUCUGUGGUCUGUCACUGCGGUGCUGAAUUUUGUUGUUUCUGCGGCGCUAGAGGUGGGACUUGCGGCUGCGUUCAACCCAGCCAAUAUGGAACAAAAUCUAGAGCGGAGUCCGAUACAAUAAUGCAUCGUGAAAGGGCCCAGCUCGCUGCCAUUGUUAAGGAAAACGAGCGCAGCGAGCGACGAGAAGUUGAAGAGCGAUUGCGGAAGGAAGAUACCCAAAAACUCCCAGACGGCGACGGACAAAGGAGACAAGAUGACGGACGACGCCGAGUUCAACACGACAAAGAAAUGAAACGCCUUAUAUCCAUAGCCAACCAAAUCCAGAAGCUCCAGGGAGAGUUGGCUAAGAUUAACAAGAUCCAACAGUCUAUGAUCAUUGACAGACAUCAGGAUAGCGCACAGCAGAUCCAGGUCGCAGCUGUUUCAAAGCAAGCAGAUUUUGAUCAGACGCGAGUGAAGUUAGAAAAAGCCUAUGAAUCGAACUUUAAGCUUCGUAAAAGCGCUUUGGAGGUUCGACAAAACGCCACAAAGCUUGAACUCCGCACUCGCCAGGAGGAAGAUGAAGAUGACAAUUUUGUUCAAAUGCAACGCCAUUUAAAGGGCAAGCCAAACAGGGAGGAAAGAGAAAAGGUAAUACUUGACAAACUUAACGCGUCGCACAAGAGAGAGCAAGAUGCACUGGAUAAAAGUCAUAAGGAGGAGAUGAGCGAAUUGGAAUACCAUGGCAGCUUGGAAUCUUCGGCACUCCAAAGUGGCAUCAUGAAGAAGCUGGGGGAUUUACAGCGCGAGACAAACUUUACCCUCUACGAACUGAGUUCCACAGUAAUCUCGGAUCGCCGAUGGUUCAAGGUUGCCGUUGAAAAACGUUACGGCCUUCUCGAAGAGCAUAGGAUGUUUUUGAUUAAUGGCCCCGACGCCAUUAAGGACACGGCAACUUCUAGCAGCAGAUACUCAUCUGCAAAUAACUCUAGCCACUCAGGCACAACGUAUUCAGUUACAAGUGGCAGAGAAACACCUCAAUCACCUCUAUCACCGCCCCCAGUUUUUACUGAGUUUGGGUAUAGGCGCUCCGGGCCUGAUGCUCUCAAGACUGGAGGCGAUGUGAUUCCAGGAAGCCGAUCGAGGAGCAUGUCAAGGAACGGUCUAAGGCACGUUUCUAGCCAGUCGCAGUUUUUGUAUCGAUAA